CUAAACAGUGGCAUCUAGCGAAAUAUAUGAGUAAAAUGACAACAGGAAGACCUUCCCGAGUUAUUAGACCACCUUUGAGGUUCACAGACGGCUUUGAGGAAGAAGAGACUCCUUGUGAAGAAAGUGUGGUGGAGGAGGAGUCCCCCAGUGUCACUCAGGGACGUUCAGGGAGGAGCAAUGGGGCUGGAGGUGAUGCUGGCACUAGUAGAGACCGAAGCCGCUCACCACAGCACCAAGAAAGGUGGAAGACGGAGGCUGAGCCAGAUUAUGGAGUCCCUCAAAAGCUGAGAUUCAACCCCCGACGCACCCCAGGUGUCCAACCCCCUCUAAAUAUUGGAAACCCACCACCAGGUGAAAUUUUCUCACAUUUUUUUGAUGCUGCGGCUUUGCUUCUCCUGUGUCAAAACACCAAUAAGUAUUCGGCCAAAAACCUAGAGAAAGGGAGAAGGUUCCACUGGAAAGAAAUCCAGCCGGAGGAGAUGACAAAAUUCAUUGGCAUGUUGCUGUACAUGUCAGUGCUGGACCUGCCGAAGAUACGGGAUUUCUGGAGAACCCAGAGUAUAUUUAGUGUCCCUUUCCCCACCACCGCCAUAACCCGAGACCGAUUUAGGGCAGUGUUAGGGAAUAUUCACAUGAGUGACCCAGCUCAAAGCGAAGAGAAUGACGCCAAAAAAGGCACUGAUGAAUAUGAUCACCUCCACCGUGUCAGACCGCUUAUGGAGAUGAUCCAGAUCAACUGCAAGUCCAUUUACCAACCAAGGCAGCACAUUGCAGUUGAUGAGAGGAUGGUUGGGACCAAGGCCAGGCUUGGUAUCAAGCAGUACAUGAAGGCAAAGCCUACGAAGUGGGGCCUGAAGUUCUUCGUGCUUGCUGCAGCAAACGGCUACACUUUGGACUUCAAGCUCUACACAGGCAAGUCCAAGACUGCCACAGGGAAGGGGCUCUCCUUCGAUGUGGUUGACGGACUGAUGGAUAGAGGAUACCUGGGGUCAGGUUAUAUUGUGUACACCGACAACUUUUACACAAGUCCCCUCCUCUACCGACACCUGAGCCAGGAGGGAUUCGGAGCUUGUGGGACAUACAGGGACAGGGAUCUUCUCUUCGUGAAGUGGAUGGACACAAGAGAGGUCUCCCUGUGCUCCACCAUCCACCCCGUUUACAGUGGGGAUACAGUGCAGCGUUGGCAGAAGACGGGUGAUGGGCCACACCAUCAUAUCUCCAUCCCCAGACCCACCACGGUAACUGAAUACAACAGGUACAUGGGGGGAGUCGAUACAUCCGACCAGAUGAUUGGGACAAAUUCAGUCCACCGGAAGACGAGAAGGUGGCCCACCACUGUAUUCCAGCAUCUGGUGGACAUCGCUGCGACCAACUCCUUCAUUAUCCACAAGGAGUGUGCCAGCCUGCAGCAGGUGAGACCGAUGACCCGUCAGCAAUUCCAGGAGGAGCUUGCUGCACACCUCCUUGGGGUUGACAACAGGAGUGGGCUUCAGAAGACGAGCUACCACCAUCUGCCUGUUCCCACCAGCGAUGAACAGACGAAGAGCAAGAGAGCCACCGGUGGGCGACGGCGCUGCAAACUCUGCCAGAGGAGCACUGCCUGGCAGUGUGAGGACUGCGCUGUAGGCCUGUGUCUGCAGCCAGACAGGAACUGUUUCAGGCAGUACCAUUGUAAAUAG